GCCCGUCGCUGCUUAUAAACACCGCCGGGAGUUUCCGAGGAUCACAUUCGGCCGUCAAGUCUGAACAAUGGUUAACAUGAGCGAUCUGCAAUUGUUACUAAACUAUCACCAUUCGAUCCGCGGACAGUCGAGAAGGCGAGCGAAUAAACGAAAAAGGAUUUGUAGGGGUGAAUUAUCUCCAACAAAUUCACAGACUUGAUUAAGGGAGUCCUUUUAAAAGGUCCAGCGUGAGCCGUGUGACUGUGCGUUGUGAGAAGAUAUGACUGCCGAGUGGCUCCACCUGCCCCCACCGUACCCCCCCGGCGCGGAGCCGCUGUGUGGUGCAGACUUGGAGGCGUGGUAUGAGGACCUGCAGGAUAUUCUGGGCUCGGACACGGGAGGGGCCAAGCUGGCACGCGCCCCCUCGUGCGGCGAGAAGGAACCCGAGUUCUUGGAUGUUCUGGAGAGUUGCUCACUCACGUGGUUGGCGGACGGAGGUCAGACGUGGGGCGAGGGCGUCCAGAGGGCGACGGAGCACAUCCACGACCCUCAGCCUCUGCAUCACACCUCGUCUUCCUCUUCCUCCUCGUCCUGCUUGACUCCGGCAGAAGAGCGGAAGGCGGAGACGAGGAGCGGCGACGGUGACCUGCUGCCCCCCGAGUUCUUCGAGUUGCUGAGCGAUGGAGGAGUAGGGAUGGUAGAUUCAAGCGGGGCAGUGAUUAGCAGCGGUUAUUAUUACCAUCAUCACCAGGCUAACAGUGCUUACCCAGCGUCUCCAUCCGCCAGCGAGGAAGAGUCGCCCUCCGUUCCGGAUUCUCCAUCCUGCUCCUCCUCGUCCGCCUCGGAGUCCCCUUCCCAGCGCUGCUCGUCCCCGUCGUCGCUCGUCUCGUCCCCGUCCAUCUACUCGCCCUCGCGCCUUGGCAAGCGCAAGAGGAGCGCCGGCAACGACGACGCCCCGUUGUCUCCGGGCGGCUCGGGGCAGCGUACGUCCUCGUCAUACUUGUCCGCCAAGAAGAGUCGCAAAGAGAGGGAGCAAGAGAACGAGAGGAAAGUGCAGGAGCUGACCGAGCAGAACGAGCGUCUGAAGGCCGAGAUCGAGAGGUUGGGAGAGGAGGUGCAGCGGACGCGUCGAGCGCUCAUCGAGAGACUCGUCAACACCAGGAAGUGAGGCCAAGGCGAGAAUCAAAAAGUGUGUAAGAAAUGCUCCUUAAGACUGGAAAGUAUGGAAAACCAAAGAUGUUUGUAAGGCUGAAGAAUGUGAUGAGAAACAAAGAAGAAAGACACAGCAUGUGAAAAAGAACAGGAAGUGUGUGAUUCAUCUUUGCAAUUCAUUGUAACUCCUCUUUUAAAAAGGGCUGCAAUCAGAGAUUAUUUGUCCAAAUAUGCGCAGAGUGAAGGAGCUCAGGAAGUUUUCACUUUGUGAGUAUUACUAUUUUUAUGGAAAACUUUUUGUAAUCACAGGUGACUGUACGUGUAUUUAGAUACAGCAGCUUUUGUAUUAACUGGUGGUUUAUCUCCACUCCCUAUUUUUGUAAAACUGUAAUAACUAGAUUACUGUACAAGUUUGUACUGUCCCAUUUGUCUACUUUUCUUACUCAAAUCCCCAACAUUUUCUAUUCAAUGAAUUUGCAUGACUUAUUAUUGGGAUUUUACUUAAAGGGUUUCCUUUUUUUGUCAAUGUACUCACACAUUUGCAAUAA